AUGGAAGGUAACGCUUCUCAAGUCAAUCAACCGGAAUCAUCAGUUAGCAGUCGUGAGAUCGCUACCCGUUUCGUGAUUCACAGGUAUCUGAAUACCAUUAAAUCUCGUUUUCAAGAUGAUCCCACAAUCUAUGAACAAUUCAUACACUUUACUGAAAACUUUCAAGAGGAUGGGGAUAUGUCAUCUGGAGAUCUUGAGAUGGUUCUCGAAGUACUGUUUAGAGGUCAUGACGAUCUGAUUCAGGAAUAUCAUAAUUUACGACCUACCUUCGAGGAAGCGAAGACUUUUUACAUGGAAAGGAAACGCGAAGAGGAGGAAGCGGAAGUUGAGGAGAUGAAAAGAAUCGCCGAUGCCACCCGAAGAGACCAUAUCCGAGCUUGCGAAGUGCAAAGUAAAUCCACCUUACUUCGUCUCCCAAGAGAGAUCCGAGAUACAAUUUGGAAAGAUGUUGUUAGCGAAAACAUAGUUCACAUCUCGCGAGAUGCCAAUAGCUCAUCUUAUUCCUUCCAUUCGUGCGUAGCUCCUAAUGGUCUAAAAAGCUCCGCCUGCCCUUCCGGAAAAGGGGAUCAUACACAAUGUGCUACCACGGGCCCAUCGGAUUUCCCAUCUUAUCGUCUGAUAUGCAAACAAAUCAAUCUUGAGCUUCCAGACGCUCGAGGAACUUUAUUCUCUAAAAGUGUUUUUCACUUUGAUGAUUUGGUGGAUGCAGAGGAAUAUCUUUUUGGAUUGAAAGAGCGUGAUCGAGCUGCUAUUACGCAUUUGAGGUUACCGAUCCCCUAUUCAUUAUCGACGAAACAUGAAGAUUCGGGUCCGGAGUUUCAGGCGUGGGAAGCUAUUAUAAAUUAUUUUAGUUGUCCUUGGGUGAGAGAAACGCUUAACCUCAACGUCCACGAUAGACACCAUAAACAAUUUCUAAAACAGCCCUGGUUCUUCUACUAUUCUUCUUGCUACUACCAGCACAACCGCCACCGCUUGUAUAAAAAAUGGCAAAUUCGCUUCGGAGACACAAGUUGGGAUAUGGAUAUUGCAUCUCUGCGAUACAAAGGGGAACCAAAACUGGAUAUAGGAAUGGACUAUCCAGCAUCAGAUGGUGUGAGGUUCUGGAUGUGGGGGGAGUUAUUGUUAGGCAAGUGUGUGGACGCCGAAGUCGCUGUCGCCGUCGGCGUCACCGUACUUUUAGCACUCACACUAACACUUACAUCCGUCAUCCCCGACAGCGUUGACGAAUUCUCCGUCAUUUCAGUUUCGAUUGAUGAACUCCCGGUCGUCACACUACUUCCUGAUCCGGAGGUAGAUGUACUCCACAGCGUCGUUACAGCUGUUGCUAUGGGAAAAGGAGUUAAGAUUUUUGUUGUGCUAGUUACCGAGUUGGCUGUGUUUGUGGAAGUAGACUUGAUGGAUGAAUAUGUUGAGGAAGCGGAGGCAGAAGCGGAGGAGGAGACAGAUACAUUGAAAUAA